AUGGUGCUCGGUUCGGUUUUGGGCUUUAUUUUAUCGCUAUUUGGCCCCCACUAUUUGCCUAGAUUUUUAAACCGCAAUAAAGUAUGCGGAGAACAGUUUGGUGGUACUGAAACACAAGCGACGAAUGUAGAGACAAACAAAUUAUACGGCAACAAACUUCUCUUUAUUGGAGUUAUGACCGCUGCAAAAUACUUAGACACGAGAGCUACGGCUGUAAAUCGAACUUGGGCUAGCGAUAUCCCAGGACAUAUGGAAUUCUUUGUGAGUUUUGACAAGUUAAAGUCUUUCGACGACAAACGUAAACAAAUGCCAAUCCGAAUUUUACACGGAGUCGAAGACAACGAAUAUCCACCUCAGAAAAAAGUCAUGGCAAUGCUGAGAUAUAUGUAUGAAAACUAUAUCGACCAUUACGAAUGGUUUAUGCGAGCAGACGACGAUGUUUAUAUAAGGACACACAAGCUUAAAGAAUUUUUACGGAGCUUGGAUAGUACCGAGGAUGUAGUGGUUGGACAGGGGGGUACAGGUAAAAGCGACGAGGUCAAUAAAUUGGGUUUGAAGAAAAAUGAAUGUUAUUGUAUCGGUGGACCUGGGGUUAUUAUGAGUAGAAAUGUGUUGAAGAAAAUUACUCCGAAUAUGGAGAGAUGUCUGGAGGAGACCGCGUCAGAUCACGAGGACGUCGAAUUGGGACGGUGUAUUCGAAAAUACGCGGGUGUAUCGUGCUUGUGGGCUGAAGAGGUGGGUAAGCCCGCGCCUGAGCAGGGAAUGAUUGGCUGAUGUCCUCAGCAGCGCAUGAGGAGUCGCACGAGGAGUAACUUUGAGUGCAUUGUUUCCAGCUGGACUUGACUUCCACUAACUGACUUAAUAAUCAUUUGAUUGGUUAAUCGGGUAGAUUAAACGCAUCUGAUUGGUUAAUCUGAAUCUCUCUAAGAUAAUUUCCAAGGCCAUAUUAAGCAAUCCUACUAUUCCGGAGUCAGUUCUCCUUCAUUGCUCAAGAGGACACCAACGCCCGUAUUCUAAAAGCUCACUCACACUCAAUGAGUGGAAGUUCAAUCUGAGCUUCUCUCGAGUGUCAUUGCUGUUUCACCCUCCAGCUAUUCAAAAACAGCAAUGACACUCAAGAAAAGCUCAGAUUGAACUUCCACUCAUUGAGUGUGAACGUGAUUGAGCUUUUAGAAUACAGGCGUAAGGCGACAGCAGUUGUUGCCAAGGCAUAUUUUAACAUACAUACUGGGAGGCCAGGCAAUUGGCCCCACUAGUUAGUGGCUCAGACUGGGCCCUAACCUUACCCCUGACCAUAGAUAUCUUAUAUACACUAGAUAGCGCAUCUCUUUUAGUAAAAUUGAAGCCAAGAAUAUUCCAGCGGUUACCCCAUUUGAAUAGAUGGCGGCCAUGUUGGUAGUUCCUACCUGCUAAUAAACGCUAACAAUAACUCUCAUCAUUUGAAUAGUUUUAAAAAAAUGUAUUUGGAAUAGGUUUAACUUAAUGUUUCAGUUUCCUGUUUAAGAAUAGAAAGCAUACGAAUCUUCUCAUUUCAUGGGAAUAUCCUGAGUCUGCAAUCACGGCUUCAAUUUUUGAAUUGCAGAAUAAUGAGAUGCACCAUCUAGUGUAUAUAAAAUAUCUAUGACCCUGACUGACCAAAAUCUCACUCUGGGGAGUCCACACUGGGCUCUACUCUGGGUUUUUGCCCUCCAAUGUAAACGUAUAAAAAUACACUGAUUGUUGCGGUAUAUUAAAGUUAACUUGUUUCACCAAUUGUUGCGUGACAAGUCUGGAAAAAAAUGCCAUCAUCGUAACAAGGUUGAUGAGAUCAACAGACAUGGAACAAGUCGUCCAAUCAAGUCUGAUAUCAUCUGCGCGUGACAAGUUGUUAACAAGUUGAUGACAACAAGCUCGUAGCAACUUGUUACGAACAGCCUGUAUUGGUCUUGUUGGGACAACUUGUAACAAGUGUGUCACCGUCAUCAAUAUUGUAACAAGAUGAUAACAACUUGUUCCAGACUUGUCACAACAACUGGGAACAAGCAGUGCGAACACAUCCUGAUAUCAGCUUCACAACAACCUUGUCACAACUUGUUUGCAGAUCUGUAUAAGGUGAAACCAGCCUAGUCCCAGUCGUUCUGAAGCAAGCGCGAGAAAAAAGUGGAUGUAGUACGAGACUGGGACCUAGGUGUGACGUCACCGCUCAAGGUGCUUCGGAACGCCUAGCAGAUUUCAGUAUUUUUAAUAUGGCGGAAAAUUAAUAUAUACAAGUAACCUUUUAAUUAUAAAUACGACAAUGUUCGUUCAUCAUGUACAUGUUCGAUGUCUACAUAACCAAACCAAACUGUAUUAAAAAUGUGCUCAACUAAAAAAAAUUAUAUACAAAUUUACGAUACCGAGUUUAAGCAAUCGUUGAUGUUAUUUAUGUAUAUACUCGCAAGUUGUGAUCAACACUAGACCACACUGGUAUACACAACUACGCUUUCUACUUGACAGGUUUAAAUUGCUGAGGAGAUUGGAAAUAUUUGCCUGACAUGACGGUGUUGUCAAAACAUUCUUAGUCGGAGACUCGGCAUAAUUUUCAAGCUUCUAGAUAGCAUUUAAUAUGGCUAUAUAUUUUAGCAAACACGAGUCAUAUUUAGCCCGUUAUUCCAUUCUGACCGUAUGGCCGCGAAACGUAGCCUACUGUACUUCAUUGUUCCGACAGCAUUAGAGCAAAACUAAUUACUUAAUUAUAAAUGCAAAGGAAAUUUCCAUAACAUUUUCCAUUUGCAAAUGAGGUAUGCUUGGUAACCAGGCCAGGGACCACUUUUUUGAAAUCAGGGACUAUUUUACCGAAAUCUGCUAGGCUCUCUCGCUGAAGCGUUCCGCACAGCACACCCAGGCAUAAAACUUUUAAGACUUAUUUAAAUAUAUCAAGGCAGCGAAUAGAAAGAGAGCCUGGGACUAGGCUGAGGUGAAACUAUAAUUUAUUUGACUUAAUUAAUCUCGUCAUCUUUUCUUGAAGGCGAAAGAACUUUUCCAACAAGUGUACAAAGAACAGGAGAAAGCUUAUCACGGUGUUUUAGAUGAAGCGAAAAUUGACAAGGCAUUAACAUUGCACCCAGUGAAAGACCCCGCUUAUAUGUUUCGACUACACUACCAUUUCAUGUCCAUAAAGCUCUUCAAACUUCACUACCGUGGAUACAAAACUAAUGGAAUGCUCUCAACAACCAAAAGAAUAUUAUCUGGUGAAAUAAAUCCCAUGUCCUUCGCGAACAGGUCAAGAAAGACGCCAGCUCUAAGCUAAAAUGGGAAUAUUUAACACAACAAAAACAUUCGAAGACCAUUCAACAUUUCGAUUUGAAAAAUCACAAAUCAUAUUUAAUGUUCAAAAAUGCAGACGGUAUGAAAAAGGCUUUAGCAAUAACAAUGCACGAAUUGAACGAAGAGCAUAGAAAAACAUUAAACCGAAAAACUAAAUCAAAGAUAACGCUUGAAAAUAUAAAUUAUGGGUAUUUGAGGGUAAACCCGAAAUACGGUGCACAGUAUCAACUGUGUCUAUCCAUAAAGUCUCCUCACGGACCACUCAAGUACCCCUGGCACCCUCCAAAACCCGCCUACCACUGGGCACAUGUGGACCAAGCGUUUUCGACAGUUCAAGGAAGAAUUCAGGCAGAUAUGAAGAGAAUAACUGUGCAUUUUAUUGUACCUCUACAAGAAAGACACGAAGAAUUAAGAAGGUUUUUAGCAAGUGUAAAAGAAGCCUUCCUUAUACAUAGCGAACCAAUCGCAGUGCUUGUAGUAUACUUCCCAGAAUCCUCCUCGCCGGAGAAACACAUUCAGCAUAUCAACGAAUUAAAGGUCGAGUUCCCAGAGACGAAGUUCGUGUGGUUACAAAUCCCCGGGGAGUUUAACCGUGCCAAAGCUUUGCAAAAGGGCGCAAAGUACCUCGGGAACGAUUCGCUACUUUUUUUCUCCGAUAUUGAUUUAGUUUUCCAAAGGGAAUUUGUCUACCGCUGCCGUGGCAACACUAUACGAGGUAAACAAGUGUACAUGCCAAUAUUGUUUGGCCAGUAUAACCCUGAUGUUGUUUACUUCAACAAGAGGAGGACAACAGAGACGAAUUUUGUUUACAGAAAACCUGCUGGGCGUUGGCGCAUUUACGGUUAUGGGCCUGUGUGUAUAUACGGAAGUGACGUCAUGGCCGUGGGAGGUCUGAACACUAAUAUCAAAGGCUGGGGCAAGGAAGAUACGGAUUUUGCAAGCAGGGUUGUAGAACAUGGAUUAACUAUAUUCCGAGCCCCUGAUCAAGGAAUUGUUCAUGUAUUUCAUCGUCAUGUACCUUGUGAUGAGAGUCUAGCAGAAGAUCAGAGAUAUCAAUGCAAGAUGGCUACUUUAUCAACAUACGCGCCAAAGAUUGAAGCAGUAGAUUAUUUAAUUGCCAAACGAUAUAUCGAAUAG